AAAGUAAAAACCAUAGAAGAAGACUUUAUUUACUGCUGCUAAACAACAGCAUCCUUUUACCACCGCUCAUCGACGACAAGUUUUACGGGUUGUGGCUACAAAUGUAUUAUUUUUAAGACUUGUAAAACAUCUUCAUGUGCUUACCGCAGUGGCGAUGAUGGUCGGCAGGAGGAGGCUGCUUCCCUGUGUAGGUCUGGGGCUGUUUGCUGUCCUGUGCUGGGUUUGGGUCUCUUUCGCCUCUUUUCCUGAUGAGCAGCUUCACCCGGAGGUCUUGGAUGCUGUGGAUCGAGGAGCCUUUCAGCCCCAGAGUGCUUUGCAAGAUAUGGAGUUUGCCUCCAUCACUUCGUACAGAGGACCUGGUAACAGUGACCAGCGCAGUAAUAAAGAGCUGCCUAUUAUCCUCUGGUGGAGCGGGGGACUUUUCCCACAUUUUCCUGGUGACACUGAACGCAUUGACUGCACCACGUCCUCCUGUCUGGUCACAAGCAAUCGCAAGGUCCAGCUGUACAAAAGGACCGCAUCCAUCAUCUUUUAUGGGACAGACUUCAGGACAUAUGAAGCACCACUCCCCCGGCUCCGUCACCAGACCUGGGCACUGUUCCACGAAGAGUCACCUAUGAAUAACUAUGUCCUCUCUCACGGACCAGGGAUAAGGCUGUUUAAUUACACAGCCACGUUUAGUAGGGAGUCAGACUAUCCCCUGACCCUGCAGUGGCUGCCUUCCCUGGAAUAUUUAUUGGAGCCUGUAGCCAUGUCUCUGGAGGAGAAGAACCGCCUGAGGAGGGAAGGCUUGGCUCCAGUGCUCUAUAUGCAAUCUCACUGUGAUGUACCAUCAGACAGAGACAGAUAUGUCCAGGAACUUAUGAAAUAUAUUGAGGUCGACUCUUAUGGGAAAUGCUUGAACAACAAACCUCUUCCAGAACAUUUAGAGGACACAGCCACCGCUACUGGCGAGGAACCCAAAUUCAUGAAUUUUGUAGCACGCUACAAGUUCCACCUGGCCCUUGAGAAUGGCCUGUGUCCAGAUUACAUGACAGAGAAGCUUUGGCGGCCUCUCCAUCAGGGCUGCGUGCCCGUCUACCGAGGCUCCCCUGCGGUGGCCGACUGGAUGCCCAAUGACCACUCUGUGAUAAUCAUCGAUAACUUCCCAUCACCUAAAGCUCUUGCUGAAUUUCUCAGGCGUCUGGAUGAGAAUGAUGAUGAAUAUGCUCGAUAUUUAGAGUUCAAGGACCUCAGAAGAAUUACUAACACUCGUUUGUUAGAGGCACUAGAGACCCGCGAGUGGGGAGUUAAUGACAUGAGUAAACCCAACUACUUAAAUGGAUUUGAAUGCUAUGUGUGCAACCAAGAGAAUGCACGACUGGCAGCAGAAAAAGCAAACAGGAAAGCCCCUAAGAGGAACCCGCCUCCUCAUCCCAAAAUGGCCAAUAACUCUCACAUGGGCUGCCCAUUGCCUAGCCCCGGAUACGGAGACGUCCAAGACUUGCCUGCAGAUGAUGGAUGGUUGCAAAUAUGGCCUCAGGAUUACUGGCAGAGCCUCGACCAAGCAGAGGGGCUGGAGUCUCUGAUAAGAAAUAACGAGUCAGACCCCUCUCUGCUGUGGAAGCACAUCCAAAACAUUGCUGUGAGCAGAGCCAGAGGAAAACACUGACACAGGCCUUGAAACAAACAGAGGAUGGAGCACAUCCAGCACAGCAAGAGGGGGAGGGUGUCCCAUUUUAUGCAUUCCCUCUAUUUAAAUGAUGGAAUGAGGCGGACUUUACUCAUAUUUUUGCACUUGAGCCAAAAUUCCUUUUCCAUUUGUGAAUUGUUUAGUUUCAUUUUAACAAAUUUUAAUAUUCUCUUUAGCUGACAUGAUACUUUGACGUUUGCCAAAUUCACUGACAAGAAAAUAAUAUUUUAAAACAUUAAGAUGUUAAUUUUAGCUUGUUUUUUUUUUACCAGAACUGAGUUGCCUUUACUAUGCUUUGCAUAGUAAGCAUCAGCUGAAGACAAUGCAGUUGUUCCUGAGAGACAGGUUCUCAUGGGAGGCAGCUUUCCACUGGACUGGUGCUGAGCCAAAGACUUGUCCUCUGUAGCCAGUGAGCACUGCCUCACUGUGUGUGAAGACCAUCAGGACAGAAGCAAAUUAACUGCAAUCACUUCUUUACAGUUACGCAGCAGGUGGCUGAUGGUUAUUAGCUAAAGUCACAUUUACAUGCACUGCCACUUGAAGGGAUGAUGCAAGCACAAUAUUUUUGUGCAGAGGAAUAAAGAAACGCUAAGCAUAACCUUCUAGUGGGAAAUCUCUACCACACUGACCGAGUUGCUCUCAAGAACAGCUUCACUCAGUUUUUGUGGUCAGUGCCUCAGAUUAUUGCCCUGAUCAUUUUCUAUAGCAUCACGCUAAGAUGAUCUUUAUGUGCAAUAAUUUUUAAUGUGAUUUUCAUGUUCAUGUAUGAGACUUCAUGUGUUUUCCAGCACAUUGCUUUUAUAUAAUGUUUGUACCAGGAUUUUAUAAACCAUUUUAUUUAGUUAACAAAGCAAUCAAACAUGUCAACACAUUAUUUUGUAUGAAGAAAAGUAAAAGAAGUAAACAUAAUAUUGAACCCAC